AUGCGGGGCCGGCGGCUUUGGGCUGACGGGGUGAAAUCGCAGGGCACGCCGCUCAUGAAGUGCCGCUCUGUCUGCACGCACGCGAAGCACUGCCUGACAGAGACGGACGCCGCGGAGGCCGUGCGGAUCCUGCUAAACCCGCCGCAGUUGAGCGACGAGGAGUCGCAGGAGGGCGGCCGUGGAGUUCGCCGCGCAGGCCACGGCCAUGGCGCUGGCGAGGGCCAGGGAGGGCGGGCCGCCGCUGAUGGGGUGAGCGGGCCGGCCGCGAGUGUGAGAACGAAGAUCGGGAGCCUUGAGACGGGGGUCAAUAUUUGGCGUCUCAGUUGA